UGUUGUGUUUCCGGUUAGCAUCCGCGCUAGAGAAUCCAACAUAUUUUGGCUUUUAUUUGUGCAUCUAACAAUAUUAAUGCAGAGUUAAGAUGUUUUUCGUUUCCGGCCAUCUUCGUUGUUGGCUUUAAUGUUUUAAACGAUCCGAUCUCUACUUUUUCGGACUGGUGGAUCUCUGUGAAGCAUGGCCUCCUCCUCAUCCCUCAGCCUCUCCUCCUCCUCGUCCCGCAGAUCAGACCAGAGCCAAGAGUCAGACCCGUCGCGAGAUGUCAAGACUCACUUCAGAGUUUGCCGCUUCAUCAUGGAAGCGGGGGUGAAGCUGGGUAUGCGCUCGGUGCCCGUGGCCACAGCCUGCACUCUGUACCAUCGCUUCUGCGCCCGCGUCGACAUCAGCGCCUACGAGCCUUUCCUCGUCGCCAUGAGCUGCAUGUACUUAGCCGGGAAAGUGGAGGAGCAGCACCUGAGGACACGUGACAUCAUCAACGUCAGCCACAGAUAUUUCCGCAGUGGCAGCGCUCCUCUGGAAUGUGACCAGGACUUCUGGGACCUCAGGGACAGUGUGGUGCAGUGUGAGCUCCUCAUCCUCCGACAACUCAACUUCCACGUGUCAUUCCAACAUCCGCACAAGUUCCUCCUGCACUACCUGCUGUCUGUGCGCGCGCUGCUCAACCGUCACGCCUGGGCUCGCUCUCCCGUUGCCGAGGUGUCGUGGGCCCUCCUCCGAGACUGUUACCACGGCGACAUGUGCAUCCGCCACGCCCCUCAGCACAUGGCGAUUGCGGCCAUCUACCUCGCCCUCCACAGCUACGGCGUGGAACUGCCCAGAGGAGACAGGGAGUGGUGGGAGGUGCUGUGUUCAGACGUGACCAGGGCCCAAAUCGAUGCUGUGAUUUCAGAUCUGCUGCAGCUCUACGACCUGGAGGCAAAAUGUCUCUGAGCCUCUAGAAAAAAACAGACCUGCCCUUCAUCCACCAGAGAGCAGAGUGGGUGAAACAGAUGAAAACUAGAUAUAAACCAGAGCUACCCUUCACUACAGUACCGCUGCAGCCAGGAGGAGCCAGCAGGGGGCAGAGCAGACACUCAUCUCCAGACUCAGAGACAACGUGCAAAUUCCACACAGAAAGCCCUGGGUGACCCGGGAAUCGAACCCGGAACCUUCUUGCUGUGAGGGAGAGUGCCUAACAAAUAAAGGCAUUUACUCAAAAUAACAUGCACCUUGAUUUAAAGAGGCCCACCUCUCCACAGAAAUGACUUGUAAAGUUUCUGGUGAAGAGUCUGUUGGAGAAUGGAACUUUAACUUCUUAGGUUCUUUUUAAAGACAAUGCAGAAGAUGGCUUGCAGCUAGCAGCCGAAACAUGUCAACAAGGUAAAUACACUUUACUGCAUUGUCUUUAAAAAGAACCCAAGAAGUUAAAGUAUAUAAGAAGACAUAAUGAACAUCAUUGGCUUAAGGAGAAUGGAGCUGCUGUUCAGUGGGACAGUGUAGCAGUUCCACUCUCUGCCACAAGAAGGAGACAUUUCUUUCUUUUUUAGAAGAGGAGUUCUCUGCUCUGGAAAUGUCACCGACCUCAUGGACGAGGAGUUACAAUCACACUGGGGUAAAGAGGACUUUAAUGUCCCUGUAGGACAUGUCUCUGCAUUUGACCCGUCCUUCAGUGUCUUUAGGUAAAAUCAGAGAUUGUAUUUAUAAAUGGACAUAGAGUAGCUGAUGUAGCUGCUGCAUUCCACAUAAGAAGUGAACAUGGAUGUGCUUCUGUGACUCUUCAGUGACUCCAGACACAAGCAGAACAUUCAGUCUCCACACUUUUGGGAAUCACACCCAGGACGUGCAGUGUUAGAGAUGCUCACGCUGUUUCAAAAUGGACUCUGGCCGACAGAAUAAUGACUUGAGUUAGAAGUUGGCUUAAUCUUUUAAUAAUGUGCCUCAUUUUGUGUCAUUUGUGUCAUAUUGAUGUUUGUGUGAAAUAAACAUGAUUUGUUAUUUGUUCUA